CCGACGCAAUGCGUUAGACCAUCUGCGACCGUCUCCUUUAAGGAAAACCCUAAUCUCCUUCUCUGCUUCUCCCCUGCUAGCUCGCGGUCUGGGCCAUCGCCAUCCCUCUUCCCAAAACCCUCGUCGACGAAGACGAAGGCUCCACCGUGCGGCACAGAAUCCAAGCAGUCGGCGGUACCUCUCGCCGCCGCUGGUGGGUGAAGAAAGCGAGAGGAAGGAAUGGCCAGCCUGCUGCUCCGCGCUCUCCGCAGGCCGCUCCGGCCUUUCUCAUCAGCCCCCGUCUCUCCCUUCCCCUUCUACUGCAGAACUCCCUCCUCCUCCUUCCGCCUCUUCUCCUCCGCUGCCGCGCACGCCGCGGCGCCGCCCUCCCCCGCCAGGACCGCGCUGGACCCCAGCAGGAUUCGCAACGUGGCCGUCAUAGCCCACGUUGACCACGGGAAGACCACCCUCAUGGACCGGCUCCUCCGCCAGUGCGGCGCCGACAUCCCCCACGAGCGCGCCCUCGAUUCCAUCAGUCUCGAGCGCGAGCGCGGUAUCACCAUCGCCUCCAAGGUGACUUCGAUUUCUUGGAAGGACAAUGAGCUCAACAUGGUUGAUACUCCCGGCCAUGCUGAUUUUGGUGGAGAAGUAGAAAGAGUUGUUGGGAUGGUCGAGGGAGCUGUCUUGGUUGUUGAUGCUGGGGAAGGCCCUCUGGCACAGACAAAGUUUGUUGUUGCAAAGGCUUUAAAGCUCGGUUUGCGUCCAAUUCUUCUCUUGAACAAGGUUGACAGACCUUCGGUCUCUGAGGAGACAUGCAAUGAGGUUGAGAGCUUGGUGUUCGAUCUUUUUGCAAAUCUUGGUGCUACAGAGGAACAGCUAGACUUCCCAGUUCUUUAUGCAUCUGCCAAAGAAGGUUGGGCUUCCUUAACAUUCACAAAAAAUCCUGUGGCUGAUGCAAGGAACAUGUCACCAUUACUUGAUGCCAUUAUAAAGCAUGUUCCUUCUCCAGCAGCAAAUCUUGAGGCCCCAUUUCAGAUGCUGGUGUCCAUGAUGGAACGUGAUUUUUAUCUUGGGCGAAUUUUGACCGGUCGUAUUUCAUCAGGAAUCAUCCAUAUAGGAGAUAAAAUUCACGGUCUGAGGUGCACAGAUAAUGGAGCUGAGAAGUUCGAGGAAGGAAAGGUAACCAAGCUUAUGAAAAAAAAGGGAACAAAUAUAAUUAUGAUCGACAGUGCAGGAGCUGGUGAUAUCAUAUCUGUGGCUGGAUUAACAAGUCCUUCAAUUGGUCACACUGUGGCAAAUGUUGAGGUCACAACUGCACUACCUACUGUUCAAUUGGAUCCGCCAACAAUUUCUAUGACUUUUGGUGUGAAUGAUUCCUCAUUGGCUGGUCGCGAUGGGACCCAUUUGACCGGAGGAAAAAUCGGGGAUCGUCUGUUAUCAGAAGCGGAAACAAAUCUUGCAAUAAAUGUUCUUCCUGGACAAUUAUCAGAUUCAUAUGAAGUUCAAGGAAGGGGCGAGCUUCAGUUAGGUAUAUUAAUCGAGAACAUGAGACGCGAAGGAUUUGAACUCUCAGUAUCACCCCCAAGAGUGAUGUAUAAGAUGGAGAACAACCAGAAGCUAGAGCCUAUAGAAGAAGUAACGAUUGAGGUUAAUGAUGAGCAUGUUGGCCUUGUCAUGGAAGCCCUUUCACAUAGACGGGCUGAAGUGACGGACAUGGGUCCUGUUCCAGGGACUACUGGCAGGACUAGAAUGUCUUUGACUUGUCCCUCUAGGGGCCUAGUUGGGUAUAGAAGUGUAUUCAGCAGCGACACUCGUGGCACUGGAUUCAUGCACCGUGCUUUUUUAUCAUACUCAAAGCAUCGGGGUGCACUUGGGAAUGUCAGGAAAGGAGUACUAAUAUCUGUUGGCAAUGGAAUCAUCACUGCACAUGCACUUAUGAGUUUGGAAGCUCGUGGAACUCUCUUUGUCUCGCCUGGAAUGGAGACCUACGAGGGAAUGAUUGUUGGUGAACACUCACGUGAUUCUGAUCUUGAUGUAAACCCUGUAAGGACGAAGGAGUUGACAAACAUUCGAGCACCCGGGAAGGAUGAAAAUGUCAGGCUUUCCCCACCUCGUUUGAUGAGUCUAGAAGAGGCCAUUGGUUAUGUUGCUUCUGAUGAGCUUAUCGAGGUAACGCCAAAAGCCGUGAGAUUGAGAAAAAGAUAUCUCGAUGCCAAUAAAAGGAAGAUGAUGAAAAAUAAGCCAAAAGAUUGAAGACAGAAUAUUAACUGUACAUUUAUUGGCUAUGAAGGAGAUGGAGAUUGAACGACACAAAGUUGCAUCAUGACACACAGUUGACACCAAAUUAUUACUAUUAUUAUUAUUAUUAUCAUCAUCAUUAUCAUGUUUUGAUGGACCAAAAAUUUUUGAUAUUUGAGCAUUUUUUAAAGAUGUAUUUCGAAUUGAUGAAUAAGCAAUCAAAUAGAAUUUGAUGCUGCUACGG